UAAGCGUUAUUGAGAGAAAUUCCGCCUACAUGUAGACUCACAAAUUGAAUUAGCGAUCGCAAAGCCGUGUCCAGCAUACUCGCUGCCAAACCCACACACGAUAUGAUCGCUAGUCAUUAGCAUCAAUUAGGAAAUUGUGCAAAACAUGUUACAACCAUGGCUCCGCUUUGCGACUUUGGCCCAGUUUGUAGUUGGAAGUGAGCUUGUGAAGAGUGAGUCUAGAUGAUUGGGAAAUCUGUAAAGAAUAAGCCCUAAAGUGAUGCGAAGGUUUGGAAUAUGAUCGAACAAUGGUCAAGGAUCGACUCCAAGAGCUGUUAGAGAAAAGCAAAUUCGUAGAGGAAUACAAAUACGUUCUGGAGCAUGAUUUCCGGACGAGGUACAACCAGGAUCUGAUUCUGGAGGAUCUUGAUCAAUUCUCGGAAAUCGCCGGCUGGAUCCGUCAGCUACACCGGAACAUUACGGACAUUGAGGUGAACAUCUUUUGCGAAGGGUGGACCAAAGCGUACCAGAAGCUACGGGAGAAUGCCAACCUGUGCUAUCGAAUCUACGGAGCUGUCAAGCGAUUGCCUGGGGAACUGGAUGGCAAGAAGAAGGCUGUUUCAAGUCGGGAAUGUGGAGCGGAUGGUGACGGUGAGGAAGACGAUCUGGUGAAUCGGGUGCGAAGUGUUCAGUUCGAAAGCAUUAAGACUGCCUACACAAAGGCGUAUUGGAAGUACGACGCGGUGGUACGGCGGUAUGAGGAUACCGUCAGGCGGAGUAGUUUGGUUGUACCCAUCCCAAAUGAGUGCCCCUCGACUGACGCAACGGAUCCUCUUCUAUCUGCAAUCCAGCACCGACGACUAUCCCACUGUGACCAGCUGCUUCGCUCAAAGUCCCUGGAGGAAGCCUACAGCACCCUGGAUGCCAUCGAGGAGCGUCACAAGGAUCUCCUAGCGUUGGAACGGUCACUCAUCGAGAUGCGUGACCUGUUCGUUCUGUUCACGACGCUGGUGAUGGAGCAUGGUAGCAUACUGAAUUUGGCAGAGACUAAUGUCCAGGCUGCCUCGUGGUAUGUGGCCAACGCGGUAGUCCAGCUGAAGACGGCUCGCGAAUAUCAGUGGCGGGCGACCAAGCGGAAGUGUCUCUGCUUCAGCGGGACUGGGUUUUUGGUGGUAAUCUUGGUGAUUCUGGUGGGGGUUGUGGUUUGCAUAGCGGUUAAAAAAUUAGUAUUCUGAGCUGUUUUAUUUAUUUUUUUGAGAAAGAAAUUCGAGUAGAGUACAGUUCUUGUAAUUGAUCUUAACUAUACAUGAAAUUGCUAAAUCAAACCCGUGCAGCGCCUUUAAAUGUACUUGAUUGAUAUACAAUCUACUAUCAAAACAUGUACGUAGAAAUGCUUUGAAAUAUAUAUUUAUAGCGCACAAGCCGUGAAAUAAACACAUUUUUGAAUGAAUCACAAAAGAAAAGAAGCGACUGCUACAAAAUGAACAAAUUUGGGUACGAUUGGUUACGUCUUCGCGCUUCGAAAUUUGUAAAGGAUAUAAAAAAACAUACUUUUUAACUUUUCUCUCAUGAUGAACGUAAUUUUUACCCAAACUAUGUAACCGAUGAUGAUUGAAUGUACCGAAAAACUUUGUCGAAGACCGUAAAGCGAUCCGAUAAUUGUGCCAAAAACUACUUAUUCACCUUCUAUCGGUACAAUAUGGCCCAGAGAAUCGCUUUGAACUAUUAAAGUACUGUAUUUCUGCUUUAUAAAGAUAAUUGAUACUUUUGUAUAUAAGAGUAUUGUGAUGUAUUAUGGUUAAGGCCUGUACUCGAAAAAAAUGCACCACAGAAAAUAGUGUAUAACUUUUUAUUGAACGCAUCCAAACAGCUGUUUUUUUUUAAACAGUUACUGUAUAGUAUGUGUAGAUGAUUCCAUGGAAAUUUCAUAAAAAUCGUUAAAGUAUUGGCGAAGAUAUCUCAGACGCAAAGAAUGAGAUUUUUCAAAUGUUGUGCAAACGAAGAUUAAAAAAAGAAUUCCUUUUUGUUUCUCUUUUAGCUCUAGAGCCGAAAAUACUCAACCGUUUUCGAUGAAAUUUUUUCUGUAAGUAAAGUAUGUACAUGGAAACAUUUUGAGGUAAUUUCAUUCAAUUUGAUCGGACCUAUAAAAAGUUGUGGUCGUAUAUGUGGCCAAAUGUCGCAAUACCCGAGCAAAGUCGAAUAACAGCCCCAUUACAAAAUGAUAACUAGUGCUCGCUCCAGAACUCAUUUAACACUUUUGUGUUAUUACCUUGAUAAUUCAUGUUACCAUACCUGUCAAACUCUAAGCAUCAUCAUCGACAAAAACAUCGGGAGUUAGUUAUCAAUGACCGAGAAAAUAUCUCUCUGAUAACAAAACAAGUUUUCAAUCAGAUCAAUCUAAUUGAUAUACAGAAGUUGUUAUCAGGAUGCCCCUCAUGAUAACAUAAUGAGAUAUUUUGAUGAUAUCAUGGGUAUAAUUGGUUGUUAUCAUGUUUGUUAUGUUGCCUGUUUAUUCAGCCAAACUGAGAACAAAUUUAGUUAAUAAUUUUUGAUAUCAGAUAACACAGUAUGUUAUCCGUUUAUUAUGAAACUUUGCUCGGGUAAUCAAACAUGUUUUUUUUUAUUGUGACAUUCAAAGUGUUCUAACUUUGAAAGUAUUCAUCCAAAAUGGCUAAAAAUUUGACUGAGAACAGUUUAAUAUAAUAGUUUAACGCUGUCAAAUUUUGAUAAGAAUCGGGGCAGUAUGGACAGUUCUACAGUCGAAGCAGUGCACACGGACCUUAUCAUUGUUAAAAAAUGCCUAAAUUUUCUCUGACGCGGUUUGAGUUUUGAUUUCUAGAAUUAAAAGUGCCGAACCGAUUUUGAUGAUAUUUUUACCACUUAAUAUUUAUUAGGUUGGGAACCUAUUUAUUUAUUUAUUUAUUCUCAUUUAUUCAGUAACAUAAGACAUACGUCUUUUAAAUCGUUACAAUUGUUUCAUUUAGAUAGAAAAAGUGCCACUGUUUUGAAUUCAUUUUAAUUAACUAAUAUUUAUACAAUUACAAUACAUAAUUUAAUUAAAGUGUUCGAUACAUUUCCUCUUAAAAACUGCCCCCGAUGAUAUAAGAGUUAAUUCAUUUGGCAAAGUAUUCCAAUAAGAAACACCUCGUACAAAAAAGCUUUUACUAUAUUUAGCAGUAUAGUGUCUAUGAAUGACGAAUUUUUUUGAUCUUUACACAAGCGUUUAAAGCAAUUUUUAAUCUAUUGAAAGCAAUGCACAAUGGGAAAAAAUAGGUAUAAAACGCGAAUAAAUUCAAUAUCUCUGCUCGGAGUGGAUGGAUUCGAAUGAAUUUUUGAUACAAACUGUAAAAAUCUCUAUAGUUUCAGAUAAGGUGGGUGUCAUUCACCGCACGAUGCUGGAAAUCAGUGUAUCGGACCCGUUUUACCCCACUCUCUCUCUUUCACUUUUUUGGAAAAAUCUGAAGUGCAAAAUAAGUGGUUUAUUUAAUUCGUGUUUGUGUUAAAACUUCCGUAGUAUCGAAUGGAGCUGGUUUGGCUCACCGCACGGCGUUAAACAUUGAAAUAUCUUCAAAUAACCCCGAUAUUCCCUAUUUCUUUGAAUUUUCACAUGCAUCUCUGCCCGGAAUGGAACGCAAUUGAUAAGAGCAGGACCAACCUUAUGUCAAAUUCCCGAUACUAUGGAAGUUUUUACACAAACACGAGUCAAAUAAGGCAUUUAUUUUGCACGCCAGUCGGGAAUAGAUGAGGAUUUUCUCAAAAAGGUGUGUGAGAGAGAUCGGGGUAAAACGAGCUCAAUACACUGAUUUCCAGCAUCGUGCGGCGAAUGACACCCACCUUAUCUGAAACAAUAGGGAUUUUUACAGUUUGUGUCAAAAAUUCAGUCGAAUCCAUCCACUCCGAGCAGAGACAUUGAAUUUAUUCGCGUUUUAUACCUAUUUUUUCCCACUGUGCAAUGGUAGAGAUCUGCAUGAUCAAGAAGUCGCAUGCCAAGAAGUGAGGUAAUAUGAGACUUUUAAAUAGGCUAAGCUUCAUUUCUGUUGACAAAAAAUAAGUUUGCAAUUGCAAAGAUCUUAAUUUUCCAUAUACUUUACCGCAUUGCUGUUGUACAAAAGGAUCCCAAUCUAAACUGGAUUGAAUUGUGUAACCUAAGCUGGUCGCCGAUUGAACAUAUUCAAUUACAUUGCCGUUUAUUACAAUUACUGGCUUAGAGACGUUGGUAUUGUUGGUAGUUAUGAACAAAGCGUGAGUUUUAUUUACGUUCAAUCUUAAAGUGUGUUUCAUGGUCCAAUUAAACACAUUUUUUAAAUCUUCAUUGAUAUUAUUUGUUAUAUUUGCCGCAUCAGAACUUGAAAACUCAUAGUACAGCUGCACAUCAUCUGCAAAAAUCUCUAUCUUGCAAUAUUUAAGAACAUUUGGCAAAUCGUUAACAUAUAGCGAGAAUAAUAUUGGGCCCAGGAUUGAUCCCUGCGGUACACCAGAUGAAACAGAAGUUAGUUCAGAGUACUCGUUAUUAACAUGCACAGCUUGAAAACGAUUUGAUAAAUACGGCUUCAUCAAGAGUACGGCAUCACAUGAAAAACCAAAGUUAUGUUGAAGUUUUCUACAUAAGAUACCAUGCGAGAUCGUGUCAAAUGCCUUAGAAAAAUCUAGUAGCAUCAAUAUGGCAGAAUUACCUUUGUCAAGCAUUAUUCCGAUAUCGUCAACCACUUUGAGCAUCACUGUUUUUGUGCUGUGCUUAGGCCUGUAUCCAGACUGAUGCGGACUCAAUAAGUUGUUUUCGUUAAUGUAGAAACACAUCUGAUUUUUAAAAGUUUUUCAAACACUUUGGAUAGUCCAGGCAAUAUACUUAUUGGGCGCAAAUUUUCCAAUGAGUUUUCCUUCGACUUUUUCUUUAUUGGCAAGAUUUUAGCAUUUUUCCAAGAUUUAGGAAAUGUAUUGGUCAUGAUAAUCGAAUUGAAAAUAUGGGUUACAGGUUUAAUAAUUAGUUUAAUAAUUUAAUAAUUAACAACAGUUUUAAAAACUUUAGGUUGAACAAGAAAGAAAUGUAUCGUGAACACUACCCCCUCGAAAAAUAACAUAAUAUUCAUACUAAUAAUUUUACAAGUGGCGCAAGAAAAACAAAGAAAAUUAGAGUAAUCAACGUAAAGGCAGUAUUUCGAUACAGUACAAUGACUUGUAGAAAACCUAUGGUGCAGCAAUAGAUGAACGUCCUUCAAUCCCAACAGCAAAAACAGCAGCAGGCAGCAACAGGCAACAACAGCAGCAACAACGGUAGCGAACGGUGUAGAUUUAACUUUCAGAAGUGGAAUCAUAGGAUAAGUUGAUGGGAUUGGAAGGAUACAGAUAAGCAUAAUUUGGAAAGGUAUCAACGUUACGUUGGCAUUAGAGUGACUGGAAGGGAGAGUGGCGUCAAUGUCAAAAUUGGAACAACGAUCAUCUGUACAUAAUCCAUACAAAUUCCUGUUCCAAACAAGCAGGAGACCUGUCAAAAUUGGAACAUGACGCCACUCUCCCUUCCAGUCACUCUAGUUGGCAUAUUUGACUUUCAGGAAGGAGUCAUAGGAGUGCCGGAGAGGAUUGGAAGGAUUUAGAGUAACAUUUUUGGAAAGGUAAAUUGAUGUUUUUCAUCCUGACCAGGAAUUUUCCCAGCGAAGCCUCGGAAGUCACAGCCAUCGGUUGAUGAUAGCUUCACGAAGACGAUUCCGUUCCGAGAGAACACACAGUGGAAGAUUCCAUGUUUUUUUUUUAAUUUGACAGCCAUCGAUCGCAGUUUCCUCUCUUCGGGUCCCAGGUCCUCGUUGUCAAAAAUACGGCUACUGCUCGAAAAACCGAUGCUAGUCAGCGAAAGGUUGCAAGCUCGCAAGUAACGGGAGAAAAACUCAUCUCACUGAGUGCGAAUCGCAAAUCGUAGAAUAAUAGCAGUCGGUCGAUUAACAGUUGUGGUCCUUCUCGAUAGUCGGUGAGCAACAGCUACAUGAAUGUAGUCGUCGUAUGAGUAACCCAGAGCACGGCACCAAGCAUAGUAGUAUGUAGCGAGAUUCUCUCCUCUCGAAUAAGGCACCCCAGUUAUGAUGAGAUUGUUUUGACGACGAAAUCUCUCCAUGGAUCUCCUGACAAAUUCCGAAUGGUUGUCGAUCACUGCUCUCAGUGUGUUAGCGGCCUGGACAUUCUCUACUCUCAUCUUCUUGAUAUCCGCAGCAACGUUUGAACAAAAAAGAGCCCAUCUGCAAUUUGACAGUAGCUUCGAUAGACUCCACAUCUACCUGUGUGCGUUGUUGUAUAUCACCCAGCCUUGACUGUAGCAAAGCUGCUAACUCCGAGAUUGCCAUAUCACUCGGAUGACUAUUGUGAAGAUGCUCGUAAGUUGGCAUAGUAUGCACGAACACUCUGAUUCGAAUCAAGCACUUCGAAAACUACUCGAAAAAUGGCGUGGUUUCACAAGAUGAUAACUUCAUGCACAGAUUAAUCGGUUUUGUAGAGUUUAUUGAUGGUGAAAACAGAUAUAUGACACCAGCACUGCGAAUGUUUUUACAACCACUGCAUGAUGUAACGUUGACAAAGAUUUAUUCACGUUGAUUACAAGUGAUUUCAGAAGAAAUUGCGCCACCACUCUAACUCUACGUGCACUUCAUUCUAUCGCAGCGACUUCCCUUAACCUACAGUCAAGUUUUCAGACGUUUUUACAAACUAACAGUUAAGUUAUAGCCGAAACCAUUUUUUUACAGUGGUGCACAACAUUGUGUAUCUCAUUUUUUGCGUCUGAGAUAUCUUUGGCAAUGCUUUACACCGAUUUUUAUGAAAUUUUCAUGGCAUCAUCACUAUACGGUAACUGUUCAAAAAAUCAGCUGUUUGGAUGCGUUCAAUCAAACGUUAUACACUUUUUUCAGUGGUGCA